GUGAAAGAGACAGGCAGAAAGAAUAGAAAGAAAUUUGGGACGCUUGUUUUCUCAAGCGGCUUUAUUAAAUUUCUAAUCCCAGCAAAAGGUGGAAAUGCUGCCAUCCACGGGUCUCUUUAAGGGCUUCUUGUGCCCUUACUUUGACGGCCAGGAUGCGGCGUCCUGCAAGCGCCCCUUUUGCCACUUUAAGCAUGCUCGCAAAGACGAAUUGGAGGCCGCUCCACCUGCGGAACCUCCUUCCGUGCCCAAGUACAAGCCGGCACCCAAGCUGCUCUCCCUUCCACUGCCCCAGAUCACGCUAUGUGCGCCCCGGAAGAAGUCCAAUCUGGAGUACCACCCGGAGAAGCCGGCACUUGACGCAUCGCCGGCAAAAAAGAAGCAGGAGGCGUCCGUGGACAGUGCUCCCAAAUAUGUGCCCGGCCAGCCAUCUGCUACAAAUGGUGAAGGUUAUGACGAUUGGCAGGCGGUACUCGAAAAGGAAAUUGAUGAGCAGAUGCAGGUGGAGAUUGAGGAGCAAGUCCAGAAUGACGACGAAGAAGAGAAGAUAGAUACGGUGGCUGAAAACAAGGAGGACGAGGAGAAUGAGCAACUGACGGAUCCUAGGGAUAGCCACAAAAAGGAACGAAAGUCCAGCAAAGAGAGAGAAAAGGAUAUAGAAAAGAAGAAGAUCAGAGAUCUGGAAAAGGAUCGGGACCGGGACCGGGACCGGGACCGGGAAAAAGACAAAGAUAAGAGCAAGGAUAGAAACAGAGAGAAGGAAAAAAAGGAAAGAGAUAAGCGAAAGUCCUCCCACAGCGACAAGGAGCGCUCCAAGGAGGGGAAUACGUCGAGCUCAAGUUCCUCUAAGCACAAGUCUUCAUCAUCUAGCUCGUCUUCCAGCAAAAAGUCAUCCAGCAGCGAUAAGCACCGCGACGAGAAAAGUUCCAGUAGCAGGCACAAGAGCAGUUCCUCAUCAUCCGCCUCGAAGAAUCAUCAUCACAAAUCUAGUUCCUCGAGUUCACAGUCAAAAUCUAAGAGGAGCUCGUCAUCCAGCAAAAGCACUAGCACUUCAAAGAGCGAAACGGAGGCGGAUAAUGAGACUGAAGCAGCUGCACUGACAACGGCAGAACCGAUGGAUGAUCUGGAUGACAUAGACUUUGAUUUUGAAGCAGACACCUCGGAAGGAGAAAUUGUACGCCAGUGUGAAAUGAUUUUUGACGAGAUGGAAAAAAAAUUCGCGCAGAUGCACAAUGACGAAAGCGGCGACGCCAACCCGGAGAGCUCUCGCAAGCGCAAAGCUCCAUCUCCGGACAUUGAUACCUUCACCGAGGCGGCCACAGCGGCUCUGCAGAAGCGCCGGGUGGCCCACGAGAAUGCUGACAAGAUCAAGCCACAUUUGGCUCCUUCGGUGGCGAUGCACAAACCCAAUCACGUCCGUAAUGCCAUGCAGGCGAUCUUCAACCGCCGAGCGGAGCUGCGGCGCCAGGAGAAGCUGAAAGCCGAAGCCUCAGCGGAGCAGAUACGUCAGGCACAGGAGCGGGUGCGCCAAGCGCAGGAGGAGCUCCGUCAGGCCAAGGUCAACUCCAACCUGACGCCCCUUAUUUCGCGAAGUGCUCUGACCCCACCAGUGCGUUCAGCUCGCAGCAUAGCACCUGUGGCCAACAUUGUGGCCAUCGCUCGGGCCAAAAAAAAGAUCGAGGAGCUGCAGGCCGAGAGAAAGCCAGCCUUCACGCCUGCACAAUCCUUCAAGGGCGCCGGCCGUGUGGCUCACAAGCCCUCUGCUGCGCUAGACAAAGCGGCUCCUGUGUCCAACGCGGAGAAGCCAACCGUUCUAGAUCCCAGCAGCUCUAAGAUAUCUUACAACGUGCGCAUUCAGUAUUAUGAGAUGAUGGUAAGGCACUGCACCGUCAUCUAUCCGCAUCUGGCAGAUGCCUGGGAGCGCGCCCAGGUGGAGGAGUUGGCCGUCUUCAAGAAGUGCAACACGCCUGCCAUCUACAAGAACAGCUGCAUGCUGGCGAUUAACAAGCUCCGCAAGGAGGCCUUAGAGGCGGGAAACAAGCCGAGCGUGGCCUGCAAGACGGUGUCGCACGAGAUGAUGCUGGGCGGCAAGCGGGCGCUCACCACAUCCUGGAGCGUAGAGAAAAAGGGAAAACUGAGCUCCUUGGGCAACGGCGAACCUUUCGAUGCUUUAGACCCUGAGAAAGCUUACCAAAUGGUCUUCGAUCUUCGCCUGACGGAAGAGCAGCUGGUGGAGAACGGCUAUCCGCGUCCGGGCGAUAAGCGCGGAUCCGCAGUGAUACGCGCCUGCCGGCCCAACCGUCGUCCCAACGAGAAAGAGCGGUACUGUUCCCGCUGCGGCAAGGUAUUCAGCUUGGACAUAUACGAGCACCAGGGCUAUGACAUGUGCAACUACCAUCCGAAAAGCACGGGAUAUCGACGAGGAUUCACGGACCACCAGCAUCGUUGCUGCCAGCAGCCGGCGGGGACUCCGGGCUGCACCUAUGCCAACUACCAUGUCAGCGACUAUUACGAUCCGGAAAAGCUCACCUGCUUCGUGAAGACGAUCGAACGGGGUGAAGAAUUUGUGCCCACCAAGAAGGACAUAUAUGCACUGGAUUGUGAGAUGUGCUACACCACACACGGAAUAGAGUUAACUCGCGUUACGGUGGUGGACAUAAAUGGACGCAGCGUUUACGAUGCUCUGGUCAAGCCGGACAACCAGAUUGUGGACUACAAUACGACCUACUCGGGAAUCACGGAGGCGAUGCUCUCCAAUGAGACGCGUACCAUACGCGACGUUCAGGCGGUGCUGAUGUCCAUGUUCCAUGCCAAAACCGUGCUCGUUGGCCACAGCCUGGAGAGCGAUCUGAAGGCACUCAAACUCAUUCACGACGUUGUGGUGGACACGUCGGUGCUGUUUCCCCACAAGAUGGGACCGCCAAAGAAGCGAGCUCUGAAGACACUGUGCAUAGAAAACCUAAAGCGGAUUAUACAGGAGAGUGAGGCUGGCCACGACAGUGCCGAGGAUGCCGAGGUGUGCAUUCAGCUCAUCAAGUACUAUCUGCGCAACAAAAUCAGUUGAGCUGCAUCACGCACCAUCGCAAGCAUUCAGUUCAAAAGCAUUAAGUACAUCUGUUAAUAUGUAUAUCAUGCCCAUCAGAAAUCAAAGCAUUAGCCUUAAACCUAACCAUAUAUAUAUGUAAAAUCAAACUGUAUAAAUAUAUCACAAUGCGAUGACGGCAAAAAAUAA